AUGGAAAAAAAAAGAAGCAUUGAUAAAGAGUAUUAUGUAGAGAUUUUAUUCUCUUUUUUAUUCUAAGUUUAUAGUCAUGCACUGGCUAUCCCUUCCUUUAUGGUAGCCAGUAAGAAUAUAAAUGCCUUUUCAAUUAUCAACAUAUCGCUCACAUAUUUAUUAGUAUUAAUUAUUUCAAAUAAUGACUAUGACUACAUCAUGAAAUCAAGCGAUUCUCUCAGAUAGAAAUAUUCUAAUUUAUAUUUUCUUUAAUAAAUUGUAGAAGGAUUAGUCUAUAUUUUAGUCAUAUAAUUUGAUAAUGAACAGAGUGCUUUGUUAAUACUUUUUAUUUCUAUUUUAGAAAUAUUAAGAUUAGCCUUUUUGUAGCCUUAUUUUGAUGAAAAUAUUUAGAUUUUGGCUACUUUCUUAUAGGUUUACUUUUUUUUGUGUCUAUCUACCUUUUACAUACUAAUUUAGUUUGCGUAUAAGUCUAAUCAUUUAUUAAGCGUUUUCAUACUCUUGUAUAUCCCUCUUACUUUCUGUGCAAGCAAGUAAAUCUAAGUCAUAACUCAUUAAUAUUAAGUUAACUAGUUUGAAAAAGGUUUAUAAAAUGAUGAAAAUAUUGGUCCAGAAAUUCUAAAUUAUAUAGCAAGAAAAACAGUUUUUAAUGUAAUUAAAGAUGAAAAUAGUUAAAAUCAUGCAGAAAUAAAACAUAUAGCAUACCUUAUUAAGUGCAAUAUACUAAGAUGGAAUCUUUAUAGAAAAGAAAUUGAAUAGUCUCAUAAAAACUAAGAGAAUGAAAUUCAUGAAAUAGAAGAAUUACUACAAGAAAAAGAAGAAAAUUUACUUGGAGGCUAUCAAGUAGAUGCUACUGAAUAAAAAGGUAGGUUAUACAUAGGGAAAGAAUAAGUAUUUGGAGAAAACAAAGAUAUGAAAAAAGCUUUAAGAAACUUAUUUAACAGCUUGUACAUAAAGGAGAGGAACAGCAAAUAAUUCACUAUGAUAGAUAUUUAUUAUCUGAUAUAUAUCGUUGAAGUCUUAAAAAAUUAUUAGUUUUUUGAGCUCACUACAACUUAAAUUUCUAAAAACAUUAGCCUAAAGCAUUAAUAAAUUUUGUAUACAGUUAUGAAAGAAGUAGAAAGGCAAAAAUAAAUCAUAAGUACUCUUAAAGACUAGAAUAAAUUAUUUGACUAGUCAUAUUAUGAAGCUCUAAUAUAUGAUGAGCUUAUACUCUAAACACAGAGCUAACUUGAAGAUGCUGUUUAAAAAAAAAUACAAUUACUGUAAUUUAUGAAAUAAAAAUAUAUAAAUCUAGAGGAACUGUAAAUUUAGUUAGAGUAUUUAUUAUCAGCAAGAGAAUAGCUGAUAAAAUCUAUCACUCUGAUGGUAAGGGUCAAUGAAUAUAACUAACAUUUGUAUGACAUUUACUUGAAUUUUUUAGAAACUCUGGCAUUUAGUGAAACUGAUAUUAAAUUAGAGAGGUACAAUAGAUAUAAACAAGGAUAGAGAUAAAUAUAUUUUUAAAUGAACUCUACUGAUGCGUGCAUUGUAUUUGCAUCUCUUAAGAAUGAAAAAAAUAUCAAAAUAGUGAAGGUAUCCAAUAAUAUUGAACACUUUUUAGGAUAUUAAAAAUAGCAUUUAAUUAAUAAUUCUAUAGAAAUGAUUAUGCCUUCGCCAUAUGCAUAGAUUCAUAAUGAGUAUGUAAUGAACUUUUUCGCUAUGGGAGAUACAUAGAGUUAUCUUUAAACUUUACUUUUAUUUGCGCUUACUUCAUCUAAUCAUAUAAUUCCUGUAAACGUUGAUAUUAAAGUAAACUUGCUGGAAGCUGAAAAAGAGUUUGGGAUGACUGCUUUUAUUUAGAAGUAAAAAACUCAAACUCAAUAUAUUUUAUUUGAUUCAUCAAGUAGCAAACUAAUAUCAAUGACUCCUGAGAUAAAUUAAUUUAUUUUUUCAACUAUUCAUAACUUCAAUAAAGUAGCUCUUGCUUCUUUUUUCCCAUUUAUUUAGCAUUUUAAGACAACUGUUGGUUCAUCAUUAUUUUCUAAAACCUCUUAAAUGACUUUAAAUUCAAUAAGAACUAAAUAACUAUUUUCAAACUAAUCAAUCAGAUCACUCAACUCAGAUGAAAAUAGAACCAAUAAAAGCAAAGAUCAUAAAAAACCAAAAAGCCUUAAAGAUUAAUAUAUUAUUCAGAAAUAAAUCGUUGAAGCAAAGGAUAAGUAAAAUGACGUCACAAAAAAGUAAUAAGAUGAUUAAUACCAAAGAGAAUAAAACAGAAAAUAGCAUAUUAUUAAUUCGCUAAGAGAUAGAGAUAUUGAAGAUUCAUUUUAGGAAGAUGAUGAUAGAAAAUAUAGAAACUUAUAAUUUUUACUAGUUAUUAACUCUCAAGAUAAUUUAUUUAUGUAAUUAAAAUCAAGGAGAGUGCAAUCACUGAGUGAUUUUAAAUUCUAUUUAAUGAAUUUAAACUUAUAUACCUGCCCUUCUCCAGGUCUUGAUUAACUUAAAUAUUUAGAAUUAACACAAAUUAAGUCAAUAAACCCUCUACAUAAUUCAAAAUUUAUCCUAUAAAUAUAUAAUGAUGAAUUAGAUGGCUAUCUGACCAACUUACACACCUUCCGUAAUUCAGAUAUUCAGUGCAUUUUAACUGAAUUAGAAACAAAAGGAAUCAAAGAAUCAAACCGUAACUCAAACAACCAAGAUAACCCUUUUUACACUGAAGAUGAGGAAGAUGAAAAUGAUUAUGAUUUAAUAAAUUCAAGGAGAGGAGGAGGAGGGAAUUACAGAGAAGUGCAACUUCAUAAAUUUGAUGGCUAUUAAAAAAAUAAUGAUAACUCUGAAAUAGCUCAUUAACUUGCAGGUACUAAAAAUUUUAGUCAUGAUGACCUAGACAAAUCUCUAAAAUCUACAACUUUUGGAAGAGGAGAGAGUUUAUUUACUUAAAAAAGAGAUAAUGGUGGGUUUUAGAUAUAAAUAAAUAGUUAAAAAAACAGCAACGAAGAUUAAACUAAAGAUUAAAAUUAAGAAAUAAGUUUCCACCACAUUGAUGGCAAAUAAGAAUAGCAAUAAAAAAAUAUUGAGUAAUCUUCUCUUCAAGCUUUUAAACAUAAUUAAUCAGAAAUUUCAAGCAGCUUUUAAUUCGGAGGAAUAAAAUAGCAAAACUAUAAUAAUGAUGUUCAUGAUUACAGCUACUAUCCAUAACAAAAGUUUAAUGAGUUAGAUAAUAACAACAACAACAACAAUAAUAAUAAUAACUAAAUAAUAGAUUAGAUUGAAUUAAAAGAUUAAAACUUAGGGACAUAGUCCUAAAAUUAACUAGAAGUAGUCAAUUUUAAAAAUUCUAAUUAAGAUCUUUAAAAACCUCUUACCUCCAAAAAGCUUCUAAAUAAUGAGUUAAUCAACUAUUCUAGCAAUAAGUUUGAAUUAUUAUCUCCAAAUGAAAAUAAUUCUUCUUAAUAAAUUUUCUAGUUUAAAAGCACAGGAUUAAUCACCUAAACAGUUAAAGGUGGAGGUUCAUAAUAAAACAUUACAUCUACAAAUAAAGUGAAUGACUAACUAUUUCAAUAACAAUCUACAAAUUCUUAGUUAAUGAAUGAUGUGUUUAUAAAAGGACAAAAGAACUUACAGCCUAAAAGAUAGGUAUCUCUAAGUGUCCAUUCUCUAUCUAAAAAACGUAAACAAAUUAUAGCAUCUCAUAAAAAUUAAAUUAGAUAUUUAAAGGAUGCUUUAGAUUAAUCCUCAAACCAUUCUCGAUAGUCAACUGCAAGUAGUACAAAGAAGGCAACGAAAAGAAUUAUUCUAGAAAGAAAUACAAUAGGCGUGAUGAAAGUAGUUAAUUUAAUAGGAAUAUUAAGUUUUUUGAUUAUAAUAGCAGUUAUAGUAGAGUAAUAUAUUAGUAUGCAUAUUUAAUUUAAUGCAUUUGCAGAUGAUUUAAAUUAUGUUAAUUGGUCAACAUAGUAUGAGAUUUCCUUAUAUUUAAUUAUGAAAAAUUAUAAUCUUAAUACUCUGCUUUAAUCAUCAGUGAUUAAUGUCCCAUCAGAUAUUUAAUCUUAAAUGCAAGAUACAGCCAUAUAAGAAAUGUAUUAAUCAGUAACAGAUGUUUCUGUUCUAAUAAAAAAUUUAUCUAGUGCAAGUUCUGAUCUUCAAAUUUUAAAGGGAAUGCUUUAAACUUCAUAUUUUUUUAAAUUAGGAAGCUUUUUAGAUCAUUCAAUUCCUAUAACUGGCUAAUCCAGUUCACAAAUGUUUUUAACAGUUGAACGCAAGGUGAGUUUAUAUUAAGGUUCAAUAUAUUUGUAUUCUUAUCUAUAUAGAUAUUCAAGAGGAUUUGGUAUAGGUCUGUCCUAAUUUAUAGCUGUGAACAACUAAGAAGCAAUAGUUAAAGCUCUUAAAGAAGUAAGUAUUCAAUGCUAAAACUUUUCAAUAAAUUAGCUAAGCAAUAUUGAAGUAGAUGUGAAUAAUGUUUUAAUAAUAAUUAUUAUUGUUACAGCUUUCUGUAUAUUCAUAAUAAUACCUCUCUAUUAUUUUAUUUAAUCAAAAAGAGAAUAAAUAAUAUAGCUAUUUGGAACAUUCAACUCCUCAUUCAUUGAUGAAUCUAUUUUUUAAAUUUAAAAAAUUUACUCAAGAAAUAAUAACAUAAAAACAGCAAUAAUCUAAAGUAAUAGUAAAGAAAAUUAAAAAAAAUAAAAUCUUAGUUCAACUUCAAGACUUAACAAAGUAAGUAGAGGUGUUUUAAUUAUGGUUUUGAUGAUAUUUUUGUUAACACUUCCCUAUCCUAUUUUAAACAAAGCCCUUUCUACGAGCUACAUUAACUAAAAUAAAGACUCAUUGCCAUUAUUAGAAUAACUAUAUAGUAUCUAAGCAUUUAUUUUAGAUUACACGAGCUUAUCAUUUUUUACUAUUGUCUUAAAAGUCUAAGCUUCAUCCAUACAAUAUUCAUAUUAAGAAUAUGAAACUAAACUUUUAAGCUAUGUAGCAUAAUCAUAAAACUUAUAAACAAGCUUGUAACAAAUACUUUAAUCUUCAAGAAAUGCUGAAAUGUUUGAUGUAAGUACAUUCAAUAAAUAUUUUAUGGCAACAUUUGAAAAUGAUUCUUGUGGAAAUAUUUUUAAAUAUCCAAACUAUUUACCAUAGAAUUAUACAUUAACUUUAAGUGGUUGUAAAUCUGUUCUUCAAGGAAUCAUGAAUAAAGGAUUGUCUAUAUCUAUCAAUAAUUACUUUUAAAUUUUAUAAAAUUUACAAUAAAUUAUUUAAAUUAAUGAUAUUAAUAAAUUCUAAGAUAAACUGGAUCUAUUUAGUAAAGAAAAUAACUUACAAGAAUUUGUUACAUUUUAAGUUUAUUUAGUAGAAAUUUUAGAAGCACUUUCAAUAUAUUUGAAAUCAGAAAGUAAUGUGCACAAAUCUUAGCUUGAAGAUAUUCUUUUAGGUUUGCUCAUAUAUUAAUUUUUAAUAAUGGGAGUUAUUUUCUAUUUUGGAUGGGUGAUUUUCUAUAAGAAUAUGGACCGUUAUCUAUACAAAACCAAAUAAUAUCUAGCUAUCCUAAAUAUUAACUACUUGAUAUAAAACCCUUAUAUACAAAAUUACUUACAUAAAAAUCUAAGUUGA